AUGCUACCAACACCUUUGACCAAAGAUCUAGACUUUGAAAAGGUGUAUGAGCCAGCAGAAGACUCCUUUCUACUUUUGGACGUCUUUGAGAAAGAAAAGCCGUGGUUGGAAAGCUACAAGUGGAACUCAGAUGUCCCUCUCGUGGUGGAAAUAGGAACUGGAUCGGGAGUUGUAACCACAUUUGUUAAUCAACACAUAAUCCCUCAAGGACUGUUUCUUGCCACUGACUUGAACCCUCAUUGCUGUAAUGCUGUUUUAGGCACUCAUAAAAGGAAUAUUGGAAAGAAAGGUAAUUUACAGGUGCUUCAAUGUGAUUUGACAACGCCUUUAAGGAGAAACCAAGUUGAUGUCUUGAUUUUCAACCCACCCUAUGUUCCUUCGGAGACAGUACCAGAGGUAGCACGGGAUCCAGAUUCCGAAGAUUGGUUGGAUAUUGCACUGUUAGGAGGACCUACAGGUAUGGAUAUUACCGAAAAGGUAUUGGAUUCCUUAUAUGAUACCCUCAGUCGAAAUGGAGUGGCAUACAUACUCUUUUGUGCGAGAAACCACCCCGAAAGAGUUAUGGAAAAUUUUAAAGCCAAGGAGACUCAGAGAGGAAAUGGAUGGGAGAUUGAAUGCGUACAACAUCGUAAAGCUGGAUGGGAAGUGUUGACUGUUUGGAGGUUUAUUCGAAGGUAG